AUGCCUAGAUCACCCUCCCCUCCGCCUAGAGGAGGAUAUCAUCGACCGACCUAUCGGGAUGAUUCGCCCCCUCCACCUUCGAGGAUGAAUAGGGAGAGGGAGAGGGAGAGGGAGAGGGAAGAUAGUUAUAGAUAUAGGGGGGGAGAAAAUUCUAGGUAUCCUAAUAACGAUAAUAGGGAAUACGGUAGAAGAGAUUGGAGAGAACGACCAGGGCCAGCACCAAGCGGAUAUAGGGAUGAAGGAUAUUAUAGAGACUCACCUGGACCAAGAGGUGGCUAUAGAGAAAGAGGUUAUGAUCGUGAUUAUGAGUAUGAUUACGAAUACGAUCGUGAAAGGAAAAGAAGAAGUCCUAUCCCGAUCUCACAUCCAAAUCCAAUUUCAUCAAAUACUGAUUUGAGAAAGAAAAGAUCUUAUUCGUUCACGUCUGAUCGUUCGUACGAUGACCGUUCAGCUAUCAAUACCGGUGGAAGAACGAUACAACGUAGACCAUCAAGAUCGCGAUCACGAUCACGAUCACGAUCAUUGUCAAGAGAAAGAGAAAGGGAAAGAUCAAAAUCUGGUACACCUGAAGAAGGACAAAUCACCUCACCUUUACCAACCUCUUCACUACCUCCCAAGAUCACCUCAGUAAACCCAGCUGGGCUACCUCCCAGACCUAGAUCACCACUCCAUCCACCACCGAUAAGAAGAAGAUCAAGAUCACCUAUACCAUAUAGGGCUUAUCCGAGCGAAAGAGAACGGGAAAGAGAUUGGAGAGAUGAGAGACCAGGUGAUUAUUAUAGGAGAUCAAUUUCACGAUCAAGGUCAAUGUCAAGAUCACGAUCUAGAUCAAUAUCGAGAUCAAGGUCCAGAUCAAGAUCAAGAUCAAGAUCCAGAUCACCAUAUUCGCCAAUUAAAACAAAUCGUCCAAUUAUUAGAAGAUCACCUUCAAUCUCGCAUUCAUCUAUAUCAACAAGGACUAGAACUAGAUCACCGCCUUCAAGAAGACAUUCACCACCUCUUUCGAACAAUAAACGACAAUACCAACAGUAUCAAGGUCAACGUCAACCGUCAUACUCGAGAAGUAAAUCACCUGAAAGGAGAGCGCACAUCCAGCCACUACCACUACCACUACCACUACCUCAAACUCAAUCGCAAUCACAAUCACAAUCACAAUCACAAUCACAAUCACAAUCACAAUCACAAUCACAAUCAAGAUUCACUUCACCUUCGCCUAGGCAAAAACCAAUUCCUGUACCAAUCCCUAUCCCUCUGCACUCUUCUGUACACCCAUCGAUCAAAAGAGAACCCCAGUUGCAUAAGGUACCACCUUCCGCACCUAGAUCAGAGAGAAUACCAUUAUCAAUUCCACCAACUGGACCGAGAGCUUUGGCUCAUUUAAAUACGCCUAUAUCUCGUCCAUUGGGCGGAGCAGUAGCAUCAAGCUCAACUUUGAAUAGAGCAAAUCCAUAUAUACAUCCGUCACCCAUUACCCAAACUGCACAGAGCCAAACGGUCAAAGAUGAUUUUAUCAAGAUAUCUCCUUCAGCCUCUUUAAAUGCACUUCCGCCUACAGGUCCUUCCAAUUCAGGUACAGGCAAUUCUUCUAGUACACCAAGAUUAUCGUGGUCAGAAAGGAAGAGUAUCGUAUCACCUUCGAAUUCGAUGGGUACGUCCACUCCUGAACGUAAAUCUAGUUCAACCAGCACGAACGAAGUGGUCAUCAAUCCAUAUACCGGAAAACCAGUUGGUCAAGCUCGUUUGCAAUCAUCUUCAUCACAAAUACAAGUACAGACGCCUACACCAAUCCAACAGGGUUCUUCACCUAUCACACCGGUAAUAGAGGAUAUCAAACCGAAAUCAGAAGAACUAGAACGACCGCCAACUCCACCUGUACAACUAUCUACUGAUAUCAAACCAUCGUUCCAACACUCUUCAACAUUAUCUGCACCAUCAGGACCGUCCCGUUCUCAUUCAUAUGCUGCUCAAAAUAUGGCGCCUGCCAAACCUAUGUUGAGCGAAGCUGAAUUAGCCGAAAAGAGGUUACAGGAAGAAGAAAAUAGAGUAAUGAGUGAAUUGCCAAGUGUCAAAGUCCCCUUUGGUGGUCUAUCUUGGGAGAUUGAGCUAUCAAAUCAUAAUCACCAUCUGUUGAAUCUAUCCAAUGCGAGUUUAAGAGCUCAAUCAGCAGCAAGACACGCAGCUAUGAUCUUGGCUGAUGCAGAAGCUGAACGAAUAGCAGCUGGAGAGAGAAGGAAAAUAUGUGAAAAUCAAUUGAUGGCAUUUGGAAUGGGUGUGUUGGGAUGA